CGCCAUGUUGGAGUUUGCAUGUUUGCUCAGAAAUCGAUUUUGAAGUGUGUCUCCGGUCGUCGUACCGCCGCGUCAAAAAGAGAUUGUGAAGUUUUAGCAAGUUUUGACAAUUGAAGUCGCGCGCCGUCCUCGUCGCGCAGAGGGGACACGGUGACGCAGAGCCAAAUUUGCAAGUGGCAAGCCGUUUUUCUUUAUUAUUUCUACGGUGUGGUGGCCCCCUCCAAGAGAAAGGGCGCAGCGAGUAGUGGUGGCGCUGCAGGUUUUUGGGAAGCGAAUUUUUUGUGCAGCGCGGCCCUGGUGCUGUCACGGAACAACCGCUGCUGGGCUGGCCCGGAACGUAGCCCCAUCGGCCCCAACAGCCCUCUUGCUGGGCGCGACGGAGGAAGGAAACGGUCGACAAACAGAGCACGGAAGGAGAGCGCGCGCGUUUGUUCUGGGCGCGCAAUCUGACCGACCCCGACACACAUGACGGAUUGUGCGUUCCCGGCGUGUGUGCGUGUGUGUGCAUUUCACUGGCGGUGUCUCUGCUGCUACAACAAGACGACGGCGGAUGGUGUCAUGGUCGUGUGCAGAAGGAACGAGCUACUAGCCGCCUAAAAUUGACACCCACCAACACGCUAAAACUGAAGGCACGUCCAAAACCAAACGCGCAGGAAGGUGAGCUGUCGGUGCUGCACCCUCCGGGUCUCUCAUCGCAGUAGCCCGCGUCCCCUUACUUGCUCGAUGCCGCUAGCAGCAGCCACGGCAACCGUGCGCAUUCCAUCAUACGGCUGUGGAUUGAAAACAUCUUCCCGAAGGCGAAGACGGCGACGAACAGCAGCAGCAGCAUCUGUGCUAGAGCAAAUUUCCAACGCGCCAAGACGCUAACCACAAUCCUUCGCUGCAAUCGAGCGAGAGAAAGAGAGAAGGAGAGAGUACGAGAGAAAAGUACGCAUUAAAAGAAAGUGCGACGCACUAUUGCCGCGCGCUGCACGGCCCAACUUUUACAACUUCCACGCUAAGACGCGCGAACAACGCACUCGUGUCUCGGUUUAACAUAUCGACAGUUACGGAGAGAAAGAGGGAAGCACGGUGAAGGCGAACGUCGACUAGAAGAAGGAAAAAUGCAGAAGAAAAUAAUACAGCAGCAGUUGCCGCAAGUGCGGAAGGUCUUCACGACCACCACGGCCCAGCAGCACCAUAGCCAGCAGCCGCAGCAUCAGCAGCAGCAGCUGAACGCGGUGAAAAAGAUCAACAGCCUGCUGCAGAGCGGUUCGGUCAGCGUGACGGGCAUUCCGUCCGGCCAGCAGCAGCAGCGCAUCAUACACAAGAAACCCCUCACCCCGGUCACGGUGUCGAGCGCGAGCAACAACAGUUUCGCGGGCAGACCACUGCACAAAUGCUACAUCUGCGGGGAGAAUGCGGGCGCAAACGCGACCCUCAUCUCGGAAGCGUCCACCACGACCACGCAAACCGAGUACGUGGUGAAGCUGGCGAAGGUGAUCGGCUCGGACUACUCGGUCGUGCUGACGGUGGAGGACGUGAUCUGUCGCCGGUGCAUCAUGCUGCUGAACCAGUACGACAAGCUCGAGUCGGAGCUGGACACGCUGCGCGGCACGCUGCUCGGCUUCAUCCACAAAAAGAACAACAUCCCGGACGAUGCGGAUGCGUCCGGCAUGCUCGGUUCGCCGCCGUCCAAGAUGCCGAAGCUGACGCCCAUCAGCUCGGCCGGUAGCGGCGGCACGGUGUCCACACCGAUCGGUAACGUGAUGUACAAGGUGGCCAGCGGCGGGCAGCAGCAGCAGGUGGGCGAAAACUUCCUAUCCACGUCCGGGUCCGAUCUGAACACCAGCAAUACCUCCGACGUGGAAGCGCAGCUGACGAGCAUGUUCGAGAAGGGCUCGACGGCAUCGCCCGGCACGUCCGGCCAGCAGCAGCAGCCCGUCAAGCAGCACAUCGUCGUGACCACGAACAAUGGCGGCAUGGUGGGGGCAGAAAACGCGACAGUAGGCACCACCACCACCACCACCACCGUCGGUGGGCUGGCCGCGAACCGGAAGGGCACCAAGAUGUACAAGUGCAUACCGUGCGGAUUCAAGACGACCGACCUGUCCCAGUUCCAGCCCCAUUACGCGACCUGCCCGCCACGGCUCGCCGGGCUUGCCGCGCAGAACGCGAACAGCCCGAACGCGACCGCCAACACCACCACCACCACCACCACCACCACUACCACGACCGGGUACCGGUGCAAGCUGUGCAAGCUUGUGUUUGCCAACGUCGCCUUGCUGAAGCAGCACAGCCUGCAGGAGCAUCAGCAGCAGAUGCAGCAGUCCCAGCAGAAGACGAUCGUCACCACCACCACCGCGUCGUCGGCGGCAGCGGCCGGUGCCGUGACGCAACAGGACCACCACCACCAGCAGGGCUCAACCGGCGGCAGCACCGUCUACUCCUGCACGGUGUGCAACACGUACAAGACGACGGACAAGCAGGCGUACGACGACCAUCUGCGGAAGCACAUCAAGCUAAAGCCGUUCAAGUGUCGCGUCUGCCUGAUGCGCUUCGAAACCCGCGAACAGGCGUCGAUCCACGCGAAACAGCACCAGCCGGACUAUUUUAAGUGCGGCAUCUGCAACGUAACGUUCAGCAAGCGCGAGCAGCUGAUGAGCCAUCUGGAGGUGCACGAGUCGGCCAAGAAGCCGGUGAAACAGCCGACCCAGCAGCAGCAGCAACAACAGCAACAACAACAACAGCAGCAGGAGCAACUGCAACAACAGCAGCAACAGCAACAACAGCUCGCGACCGUAACCGAUUCCUCCACGCAGAAGCUGCUCCAGGCGUCGAUCGACGAAGCGCUGCGGGGCACGAUCAGCGAAUCGAUGGGCGACUCGAACGUCAUCCAGUUCUACACCUGCAACUCCUGCUCACUCACAUUCCUGAGCGAACCGCUGUACACGCAGCACAUCAAGACGCACACGGCGGGCACUGCAGCGGCAGCAGCACCGGCCGCGAUAGCUUCGGGCGUCGAGCAGCAGCUGCAAGCGCACCAGGGCCACCAGUCGCAGCAGCUAAUGCAGCUGAACAGUGGUACGGGAGGCGUGCGGAAAUCGAUUGCCACUUCCGCCGCCGUCGUGAACAAUGCGUCCUCGACGGAUGGCACUAGCAGGAUGAUCACGACGACGAGCGGCAGCAGCAGCAACACCACCACCGCUAACAGUGGGUCAAACGCUGGCUCGAACACAAUUACCGACGGCGAUCUCGAGAGCAUCUUCGAGCGGAUGCACUCCGAAUCGAAGGGAUCCGAUUCGCGCACGUCGACGACGACGACCACGACGACGGAAAGCAACAACGUGAUCAUAACGAAUCAGGACGGUUCGACCGGAAACAUUACGUUUAACAUUACGCUACCCCAGCAGGAAGAUGGAACGUACGAGCAGCAGCAGCAGCAACAGCAGGAACAGCAACAGUCCGUGGGAAUCGAUAUGCCAACGCUCGACCAAGGAGACGAUCAGCACCAGAAGGAUGAGCAGCAGCAACAGCAGCAGCACAUGCAAAGCAUGCCCGUCAGCAUGCCCAGCCUGGACGAUGACGGCGAGCAGUCGCAGAACAGCCAAAACUCCAACACGGAGAACGUGCCGAUGGAGCUGGAGGACAUGCAGGGCGGCGAAGGCCAGCAGAUCAACCUGAUCCUGAACGAUGGGCAGGUGCUGCAGCUGGACAAUCACAUCCUGACGACGGACGCGGAGGGCAACCAGAUACUGGUGCAGGGCACGGACUCGGAACAGAUCCAGCAGCUGCUGCAGAGCGUCGGCGUGGUGAUGCAGGGCGGCGAGGGGCUGGGCGAGGGCGAAACGCUGCAGAUGAUUAGCGGCGACGGCAACAACCAGAUGAUACUGGUGCAGGGGGCCGACGGGCAGGAGCAGCUGAUCGACGCGUCGCUGCUGAACGCGGACGGCAACAUCGUCAUCCAGCAGUCGCAGGAGGGCGAGCUGAACGCGGAGGGUACCCACAUUACGACCGAGGACGGGCUGCAGAUCCCCGUCUCGGUCGCGUUCACCACGGCCGGCGGUGAGGCGGGCCACGAGGGCCAGCUGACCGUGUCGGUGGCGGACGGUGGCGAGCAGCAGCUGCAGCUGCACCUGCAGCAAGCAGCCGAAGGAGAGGAUGGGCAGCAGCAGCAGCAUCACCAUCAUCACCACCAUCACCACGGUGGGGAUGGCGGCGGUGGUGACCAUCAGCAGCAGGGAGCGAUCCUUACCGAGAGUGGACAGAUCAUCCUGCAGGCGAAGGAGCACGACGAGGAGGCGACCAUGAAGGUGACCGGCGAGGAGAACGGUUCGGCCAUCGCCAGUGAGGACGGGGCGGCGGCCGCGGACGGCGGUGGCCAGACGAAUGGUGGGGGCGCGGAAACGACGAACGGCUCGAACGGCACGACCGUCACGACGACGACGACAGCUACCUCCGGGACGGCGGGUACGAACGUCGUAACGUCCUCCAAUGCCGGUGACGAUCAGAUGUUCAACUUUGACGAGCUGAUCCAGCCGCAGAUCGUCAUCAAGCAGCAGCAGGUUAAAUAGGUCCAUUAAUGAUAGUUUUUAGAGAGGAUACGUACGACAUAAUCAUCUUUCAUAUUGGGCUUGGAAUCCAGACGGCUUCCUUUCCUCCAUAUACAUAUGGUUCACCUUGUCAGGUGCGUUUGCAAGCUGCACUUUUAAAAGCACCUCUUGGUGAGUGGCUGCCGCGGCCUACAUUACGGGAUCCAUCCGGCGCUAUCCCCAAGCAGCAGCAACACAGCCACAACCACGUGACCUUUCCUGGAUUCAGCAGGAGUGGCAUCUGUAAAACAGAGGAAAGGACACACACACACAUACAUAUAGGUUGCGGUUGCACAUCCCAAGCAAAAGAGAGAGAGAGAGGCCGAUCGCGGCGCCGUGUAAAUGUUAUUAGCUUGUACUAGCCUUUGGUUUGUCACACGGAAAGAAUGCUAUAAAUGAUGUGUGUGUGUGCAUGGUGUGUGUUAGAUUGCAUCUCGUUACAUUGUACAUAUUUUGGCGUAAACACACACGCACACACACAUACACACACACUACUUUCUAAUCUACUCUGAAUUUCAAACCGUGUCGCCGUGGAUGCAAAGAAUGGGAGCGCGUGGACGAAUGAAUGAAAUUCGUCGCAUUAAUUAGGGCGAAUAAUAUUACGCUAAUAGAAACUACACACACAGGCAGUGAGAGUGCGUAAAGAGAAGAUAUGGAUGAUCAAUACGAUGUUUGUUGUUAUGCAUUCUAAUGCAACACACACACACAUGUGAGCUACUGUUUUCAGGGGGUGGUUGAUAUACGUGUGGGCGAACCACUUAGUCGAAGUGUAGAAAGAGGAAGAUAAUGCAGUGUGCCCGUUGGGGAACGCACACACACACAAACACACCCCACCCAGACACAGCAACAGAGCGUGUAGUUUCAUUUGGAGCAUAGCUUUUCUCGAUUAUGAAGGGAAAUUUACGACAACAAGAUAUGAUGGCAGGCGCGCGCGCCUGCCUGCCUACCUGUACAGGAAAUUUGUUUCGGUUUGUUUUAACCGUAAGAUUUUUAACGAUAACAAAAAAAAAAACAAUGAUAAAAGGACGCUGCAGCGGGAAGAAAGGGUCAAUACGGUUCAGCCAGUGGCUUUUCCCGACCAAUUAGAGGAACGCGAAUUUUUAGUUUGGUUUGCGUGGAAUGUUGCUUUAAUGCAAACCUCUGGCAAAUGCUUUGGGCAAGAAGUUGCAAAUUAUUUUAACACACAUACACACACGAUCAAUAAUUCGUUAGGGCAUCAUGCAUAGCUUUUAUUGAUGACCGCAAGCGCGCAGGGAGUAGAAAACAAAGAGCGAAGGAAACACAAUCCUUUGCACACACGCACGCACGUACGGUAUCAUUUCCUUUCAUGUUCUCCUUCAUUUACACACACACACACGCACGUGCACUCGAACACUUUCUUCCUUUCAUCAACUUUUUAGAAACAACUUAUAUUACUUUUAUCAUUUAAGCUAAUACUAAUGCAUAUAUAUUAACAACAAAAACAAAAGCUAGCUUUCAAUGCGAUAAAAAACAAUUAUGCGAGCGUGUGUGUGCGCGCAUAUGACUAUGUUAGCAUGCAUGUGUGUGUGUGUGCGCGUGUGUGUGUGUGUGGUGUGUUUGCGAGGGAUGAACGAAGCCUCGAAUGAAUGUGGAAAUUUAUGGAUUGUAAGUUUAAUAUUAGCUAUUUGUUAACAUACCAGAAAACGCUAGAAUAAUAAAGGCUCAAGAGCAGAGGAAAUGCA